AACAAAACUGUCCUCAUGGAGGCCACGCUUUCACACGAAACCCAGAGAGCCGAGCAACAAGCAGUGCUGUCUACUCAGAGGAAAUGAAGUGAGGCACGUUUACCCUGCUGGGUUUUACUUACAGGGUUUCCGAGAGAAGCUCGUGCAUUAUUCACACGGACGGAUCCUUGACAAAGACGACCCGUAAUGAUAUGAACACAUUACUAGUUCACUGAGACGUACAGUCCGGACUGUAUUCGGCUCUAAACCGCUCUGAGAGACACAAAUCCAAAUCACAGCAGACACAAUGGUAAAGGGGAAGAAGAAAUCAAAUGAACCAUCCGGAAGAAAAAUCACACUCAAGAUGGCCAAGAACGCUCUGAAGGUGACCGUAGAUGGCAAGCGUCGCCUCGACCUCAGCAACAUGGCGAUCGCCACAUUUCCAAAGUGCAUCCUGAAGCUCUGCGACGUAGAUGAGCUGGACCUCAGCCGCAACCUCCUCAAGAAGAUCCCAGACACCAUCGACAAGUUUGUGAAUCUUCGUUUGCUGGACCUGCACAGUAACCAUCUGGAGCAGGUUCCUGCAGCUAUCAGCCGCCUGCACAACCUCUACAGCCUCAACCUGUGCAACAACCACCUGACCGCCUCCGGCCUGCCGCACGAGCUGGGGCUCUUGAGGAACCUACGGGUCCUCAAUCUGGGAAUGAACCGCAUCGAGACUCUACCUCCAUCUGUGGCAGCUCUCAAAGAGCUGCGGGAACUGGGGCUCUUCAACAACCUCCUGACGCAUUUGCCCAAGUGCAUCCAAAACCUCCCCAAGCUGCAGAAGCUGAACGUCAAAUCCAACCCCAUCCCUACGGAUGACCCUCAGGAGGUGGACCACAUCCAGAGAGUGGAGUGUCUGUAUCUAGUGCGGGAGGACUGUCUGUGUACUGACUGCCUGAAGAGGUGUAAGGAGGAACGAGAGAAGUUAGACAGUCGAAUGAGUGAUGCCUCUACACUAAAGAAGUCCAUCUUUGCUGGGCUCAUAACGCCAAACUCUGUAGCACAGGAGAACCAGGCUGUGUGGAGGUGAACAUGUAGACUAGUCUAAAGUGCUGAAUAAAUCCUGUCAACACCAAAAACCAUUCCAAAUCCAUCUUUCGGCAUGUAUACAGGAAAAGUGUAGCUCUAAUUUAUAACACUUAUAAAAACACAAUUUGAAUGGGAUAUGCAUUCUUAAGUUGGCUUGAGAAAGCCAACCAUCUGAUCUACUAUCUAAGCUGCUUCUUUUUCUGAGACUAAAUUUUAAAAUGCAUCUUUGAGUUUUCAAGCUACAACCAUCAAACUCGGGUCAGACCUACAGACUGGUCUGCUAUAUAUUUUCUAACUGAUCAGACGUAUGAUUUCCGUUAAACGGAUGAUCAUGCUAACAACAUGCUAACCAUGCUAAAAUCAUGUUAACAACAUGAGAAUAAUGCUAGAAACAUGCUAACAUUUUUAAUGUGCUAAGUAAUGGUAGCAAUGUGUUAAAUCAUUUUAGCCACAGGCUAGCAACAUCUAUCUCAUCUAUCUAAACUCUAAAAAUCCAAGCUUUCAGGCUAGGCUUUCUCAAGCUUUCUCAAAGUCUGAUCAUAAACUUUAUUCAUCUAGUUUAUUUUAAUCCGGUUCUUAUUGAAUGUGUAAUCAUAGUGUCAAAACGUUUGACCAUUGUUGAAGAUGUUAGUAAUUUAGAUCCUGAUCCAUGGAAAUUUGCAUUAAACACUGUGCAUUUCAUGAAAUCAUAAUAAAACUG